AGGAGCCGGGGCCUUUAUAUAGGGGGCAGCCGGCCCAAAGAGGCCAGCUGGCUCCCCAUUGAAGCCAGGGCAGGCAGAGACGCACCAGCGGCAGCUGUGGAAAGUCUGAUCAGACCCAGGCUUGAGCGCGCUGGGCAAACCGAGACAGAGGCCCUGCACUGCCUUUGGAAGCAUUUCUGAGGCCAAAAACCAGGGAGGAAAGAACCCCCGAGCAUCCAGCAGAGUUUGGAAACAGAAAGAAGCGUGCCGGGGCUGAGUGCUAACUUGGCAGCAAGAACCUGCGAAGCUCAAAGCCCUGACUGGGAUAUCAAGGUUCAUCGCUAACUCCAGCCGGUCCAGCAAGUCCUGAUCUCGGGAACGCCAAGGCCCCUGCAAAAUGCCCCGUGGGUUCCUGGUGAAGAGGACACGCCGAGAGCCUCCUGUCUCUUACCGGAUCAGAACAGUGCAGGAUGACCCGCUGACCGUGCCCCUCUCCAGUGGAGUGGUCCUACCUUUGCCCCAAAGGAAACUGCCCAGAGUGGGGGGGCUGCCGGAAUCCCACCCCCCAUCCCAGAGCCCCCUGCGCUUGGUAAGCACAGCUCUGCUGGCCAGUUGCCUUGACCGGGGCCUGAACUCUGUAUCGCCGGCACCAGGUGAAUCUGCUCCAGUGUGCGCUUCCCAGUCUCCUGGUUCAGGUUCAGCCUGUGCCGUGGCAAAGCAAGCCAACCCCCCGCCGAAGAGAGCUGGUCUGGGGCCGAAGGAGGGCUCCCCAGAUGCGGUGGUCUUGCUGGGGGCCUUUGUCUGCCAGCUGUGCCAAGAGUCCUACCCGGGCCCGCUCGCCCUGGCCCAACACUGCUGCUCCCGCAUCGCCCGGGUCGAGUACCGCUGCCACGAAUGUAGCAAGACCUUCAGCUGUCCCGCCAACCUGGCUUCCCAUCGUCGCUGGCACAAACCCCGAGGUGGCGGGCAUGUCGGGGGGACCAAGGAGAACGAGAGCCCUGAGGCAACCAACAGUGCCGGCGCGCCACACCCAGGCACCGUGGAGGGCAGCUACCGAUGCUCUCAUUGCCCCAAGCGGUUUCGGCGCCGGGCUUACCUCUGCAAGCAUCUGGCUCUGCACACGGUCACCACCGGGCCGGUGCUGUCUGAGAGCCAGCGGCUCCACGGCAAUCUCACUCCGCCGUGUGCUUCCUGUCCAAAGAAGCCAUUUUAGAAAUCCCGCUCCUCCCAGCAUCUGGACCAGGUCACCCCACCACACACAGACGCAGGUAAAAGGAAGGGUGCUCCGGUGGAUGCAGAGAAGGCGUUUGCCACACCAAGAAAGGUUUCUCUGCCACAGCUUCUUUUCUGCCCCUCACAGGGGAGGCGGGUUGAGCCACACACCCCAAUUCCCCCACCGGCCUUUCCUCUCCAUCACCAAAGGCUGGAAAUGAUUUGUGUGACUUGUGGCAAAGCCCUUUAACUGUCCAACAGCUGGGCCCAUUUUGCAAUGAGGCUGACAGCAAUUCACUCCUUGUGCAUUUCCGCAACAGAGCUUUGUGCAGAUCCUGCGAGGUUGGGGUCAGACACAAUCUUGGUUGGAGAUCAAGCUGUGGUCAGACACAAUCUUGACUCCGAAGGCUCACAAAUGAAACUGUGCUGUGCUCAUGGGGUAAAAAAGGAGGUUCCGGGCAUGUACAUCCCCUUCCAUCCCAUACCUGGACUGGAGAGAAGUCCAAACCCUUGGAUGCGAGAAACUUGUGAGUGUCAAAAGCUGUGGACUUUGCAGUUGCUAAGGUUUCUUUUGUGGCAGGUGGGGAGCAGAAAGGGGGUUAUUAAUGCAAGAUGUUGACAGAUGGGACUGGGGCUUGUAUUUGUUUGAUAGUAAACUGAGUAUUUAAAAAAAA